GCUUAUCUCUAUAGCGUUAGUUUGUCUCAAACUCUUGUGAGACAAUGUUGUGUGGGAAAACACCAACAGUGCCAUACAACAAUUGUUCAAAGCCAAAAAUAAAUCGGAGGAAAAGGAAAAAAAACACAACCUAAAAAAGUGCUCAUCAGUGUUUCUUUUGUUAAUCAUACAUUAAGAAGGAGAUAAUAAACAUAAAAAACCGGAAGUCGUCAUCAUUUAAUUACUCUCACUGCUUGGUUCUCACGUAGCUGCGUUAUACAUACAAUUACAUACAUUUUAAAAAGUGCAUAAAACAGAUUAAAUGUUAAAGCAUACUGUAAAAAUGCUGUACAACAUAAAUGAAGAGGAUGCUGCUUGUAUCAAGAAUGAUCUGCUCAAUAGUUUUCGAUUCAAAAGACACGCUGAAUUCACACAAAUCCUAAAUCGAACAAAAAAUUCUGCACUAAAACCAGCCAUCGUACAAUCUGUGUUUGAGGCUGCUUUAACCGAGCCAAACAGUAAAACAUAUCUACAAGCAUGUCUAGCUCAUGGAGCUCGGGUUAAUAAGGUAAUAAGUAAUGAUGCAUAGUCCGUUCCACAUUGAGCGUGAUCACAGCGAUUUUGGCAGUUUUGCAACAAACUGAUGGGGCUAACAGCAUGAAAUCCGGCCGAGGGGAGUACCCGAUACAUUUAGCAGCAAAGUCACGAGACAUCAACAAUAUAGAGCUACUGCUAAUACGGCACGAAGUCAACGUUAAUCAACUGUCCGAUGAUGGCAAUAGCGCAAUUGAUUUUAUAUGUCCAUCACACGCUGACGAACUCUCCGCCGAUACCUUCGCCAAAAGUAUUGAAUGCAUAAAUCUGUUACUCAAACACGGGGCCACUAUAGAUACCUCUAACCUAGCGAAACGUUUAGCAAAGUUGAAGCAGGAAACCGAGAUCCUGGCUGAAUUUAUGCAAGGAAUUGAACCCUUCGUAACGGUGGCUGCAAGUGGCUUACCUGAGACUGAGACUGAGACUGUGUUAUUGGAGAAUGCCAUCACCUGUGGGAACUUGGAGAGGGCUAAACAUAUCAUUGAAUCGCACGCAAGCCCACAAACCUCACCAUACAUAUCCAAGAAAAUACUUACCAUUUGCUUUGAACGCGGAUGCUUUGAAAUGUUGGAAUACAUAUUCCAAAUACUCCCAGCGGCUGGAAUAGAGUCCCGGAUAACCAAGAAAACAUUGCUGUCGUUUUUGGUACAGCGUGUAACUGGAUCGGAUCCCGAGUGUCGGUUUUUCAAAUGCUUAAAGCUAUGCCUGACCUAUCCUCAAUUCGACAUCGACGAAAGAAAUGGUUGGGAUUAUACUGCUUUGCACUAUGCGGCCACCUUGAAACUGAAGCACGUGCAGGAGCUGCUCCUUCAGAAAGGUGCUUACAUAGGUGGAAGGGACAUAUCUGGCGUUUACACGAUUAGCCAAAUCGACCCACUGGUGCUGGUGCGACACUUUGAUUCCUGUGUCUACACUAGCCCCAGGAUAGCGGAUGAGCAUGGUGCAAACUCACCUAUUGUUUACGUCAUGUUGAGCAAUUUUGCUCCCCUCAAACACGAGGAAAACAAUGCGAGUCCUAAAAGCAAAUCAAAUGUAGAUGUAUCGUAUAAAAGCAUGCGACCUGCAUUGAUGGAGUUCACCAAUGUGUCCAAAUUGUCCCAGUUAAAUGAAAAAGAAAAAAAAGCUCGACAGCAGCUCCUUGAACAUCCAGUAAUUGCUACUUUUCUUUACAUUCGUGAGCCACCACCGACUACAGUGAGACUGUUGUUGAGAUUUAUCAGAUUAGUACCGGCUGUCUUAUUAUUUGUACCCUGGGACAGCCGGUGGUUUAUCUGGUGCGAAUCGGUUCUGCUCAUUUGUCUCUUCAUAUUCGAAUGUAUUCUGAAUGCCAGUUACAUCACGCACUUUUUUGAUAAACGCAUCAAAAACAAAUUCCAAUCGGUGCCUAAUCUAACAAUCCUCUUCACCAUGCUGGUGGAGAUAGUUUUGAUAGCGUGUUUAAUAUAUUUCACAUCUUUGGAAUACAGCAAGGUCAAUCAGCUGAGCUGUUGCAUCCUACUUGCAGGAUUCGCUACUAAACGAUUCAUUGCCAGCUGGGACUGUUUAGCUGAGAAAAUCCAUUCACUAGACAUAGUUGUGACGAAGAUUAUAUGCAACUUUUUUAUAUGUUCGUUAAUAUUUGGAAUAUUUGCGCUCUCCGUUUACGUGCACGACUCAAACUUUGGGCAAACGUUUGUACUGCCGAACAACACUGCUAGUUCGACUAAUACGAGUAAUACGACCAUUGAGUCAAUAUCCAAAACCGCGAAAUUGAUCGACCAACUGGCGAUGUUUGAUGGAAAGAUAAUUGUGUUGGAUAAGAACAUAGACUUGCCAUUUUAUCGAGUUGGUUUUGUAAGUUUUCUUAUUUUAGUGCCAAUUGCUUUGGCGAACAUAAUAACUGCUUUAGCAAUUACAGAUGUUUCGGAACUCACCGCUCGAUCGAGGUGUGUAAAAAUCGCUCUCAGGAUUAGCAACGCUUUUGUGCCAGAGCAUCCGGCCGUUGAGCUAUGGAGAGGAAUGUCAAAAUAUGUGAAAGAAAAGUGGAGGAGCUCUCGGCUGAGUUGGUGGCGAUCAAAUAGAGCAGUGAACACUAUCAGUAGUAAAUCUUCAAAAGCUAAACUGUGUUUCUCGCUCAGGAACCGCAAUAAUGUCCAAUACAUUGCAAUGUACACUGGACGAAACCAUGAAAUAGAACUUCACAGAGUAAACGACGAAGCCGAGAAGCCGGAAAUUUUAUGGAAAGCAGACGACAAAUUUACCAAAUUAUUAAUAGAUGCUGCGUUUGCUGAUGAAAUCACAUGAGGAUUGUUUUGUUGUUGUUGUGCUGGUUGAUUAAAAACAGUUCAGUUAAACUACAAGCAAAGUUUACAGUUCACAGUUCAGUCUCUGGCCUGUACGGAUAUGUUUGUGAUAAGUACGAUAGACUUUAUUUAAAAAAUCACCAAAGAAGAAACAACCCGGUUGAACAAAUUCCUAAAUAUUGAAGAAUUGUCUAGAACUAGGGUAACUCUGCUUAGUCUAGGAUAGCAUAUAACGUGGUGAUAAUAAUCUAAGUAAUCCAUAAGUGUUCCGGGCCCAACGGCCAAGCUGACCGCGAGGUAUUUGGCCGUUGUGUAACGCUUAAAAACCGUCUGCUACCACGGAACAGUACCGGGUAAAGGUGUUCGGGAGCGUCAACUGUCCAACUGUCGAAAAUUGUUUUAUAAAUAAAGAAACGUUUCAAACAUAA